AAUUAUAUUUAUUAUUUUGUAGGUAGAAAUACCUUGUUUGGAGGUUCUGAAUAUCAUAUCUAUUCCAAAUAUUGAAACUUUGUCCAUCGUGGCUCCAUCCCUAAACAGGUUGUACAUUUUUAGUUGUAACAGCUUAAGAUAUGUCUUCUCGGAGAGCUUCUUGAUGAGUAUUUCUUAUCUUGAAAAUUUAUCCAUUAAACAUUGCAAAAUGUUGAAGGGACUAAUAGGAGUGUCGAAGUGUGUAGAAGAGGAGUCAAAAAAAUCAAUUGAAUUCUCUAAUUUGAAGAGAUUGGAUCUCGUAUCCUUAGACAAAUUAACGAGUUUUGUCAUGGAGAUUAACAAUUUGGACGAUGAAGAAGAAAAGUCGCAGAAAAGAACACUAUUUGAUCAUGAUGAGGUCUCGUUUCCUUGCUUAGAUGUGUUGUAUAUAUGUGAAUUGCCAAAGAUAAAUUAUAUAGUAGGAUGGAAAGAGGGAGGGAGACAGGGAAAAGAACAUCAUAAUAAGAUAUUUCAUGUAUUAAGUAAAUUGGAGUUGUAUUAUCUAAGCAAUUUAAUACAUGUGUAUGAAAUCAACCAGCCAGGACUAGGAGUGCUUUUAUUUCAAAACUUGAGAAACUUGAGAAUUGAAGAAUGUGGGAAAUUGAGAUAUUUGUUUUCGGAGAAUAUAGGUAGAGUCGCUGUCAAGCACCUUAGGUGGCUAUGUAUUUGUAAAUGUCCAAUGAUGGAAGUGGUGAUGAAGAAUAUUGAGGAGGAAUUAAUAGUAGAGGAUCAUGAUGAUGAUGAUAAAACUGGAGUAGGAGGAGGAAGUAAUAGUCAUUUCUUUCCAGUCCUUGAGAGAUUGAUACUUUUGAAUCUAUCAGGUUUGGGGAGCUUUUGUGAUGUUGCUGAUACUUGGGAGUUGCCAUCACUACAGAAUCUUACUGUAUCAUACUGUCCCAAGCUAGAGGCACUCUCUCCCGGCUCUUUGGAUUCUCCAAUGCUUGACAGACUCCAAUAUAAUAAUAAUUAUAUCAACACUGUAAAUGUAAAGGAUACUUGGAAAGGUGACAUUAACGCUUUAUUGCGUCAUAUCAAGGUCCACACAAAGAAUCGAAAUCGACUUACGACCGAAAAGAUGAAUGAUUUGGUUUAUGUCAAAUUUAACUCAAAGUUAUUUUAUAAGAAGAAAAGGAAUGACAUCCUAGAAGCUAGUGAUUACAACAAAGCUCAACAUAUGAUGGUUGAUGGAGUACAAGACGUUGAGUCGGAUGUUGAUGAGGAGAUUGAUCCCAUUACCGGAGCGACACAUAUGGAGGUUGGUGACGUUGUCCAAUUGAGAGAACCUUGCGAAGAAGAAGAAUUUGUAUCGGAACCAGAAGACAUUGAUGAAAAUAAUGAUGCUGAGUGUAGAUGA